ACUUUUUGAAAGAUCUUAACAGGUUACGUAGGUAUUGCAUAUGCGCAGUUGGUUGUACAGCUAUAGGCUAUAGCAUAGCUCAUCUCAUAGCUCAAUUCUCAAUUUAAAAGGGUUUUAUCAAUAAAUUUGGGUUCGUAUGUAUGAGAGCAAAAUUCGGCACAACUUGACAAAAUUUGCAAUGUAAAGUAUAUAAAUGUUGGCAUUGUUAUUUUAUAUUAUUAAAGUUAAAUAACAAGUGACUACUUUUUGUGUUAGCCCAACACCUACAUUACUUUAUCGAAGUCUAAACAAGAUGCAGAAAUUAAUGAUGGUUCGACUUUGAUAAAAAUUAAAUAAUGGAACUUGGAAAUUCAAGUAUUCUGCAUUCGGGGGACAUAGUCUCCCUAUAUGCAGAAGGUAAUGUUUGUGGGUUUUUAAGUACCCUAGGGUUAGUAGAUGAUAGAUGUGUAGUUUGCCCUGAAUCUGGUAGUUUAACAAACCCUCCAAAAAAGUUUAGGGACUGCCUCUUUAAAAUAUGUCCCAUGAACAGAUAUUCGGCCCAAAAACAAUUUUGGAAAGCUGCAAAACAAAGUAUGAAUGCCAAUACUGAUACUAGUCUACUAAAACGAUUACAUCAUGCUGCUGAAAUUGAAAAGAAGCAAAAUGAAUCUGAAAACAAAAAACUCUUGGGUUCAAAAGUACAAUAUGGACAUGUGGUACAGUUGCUACACCUGAAGUCAAAUAAAUACUUAACAGUAAACAAACGUUUACCGGCUUUAUUAGAAAAAAAUGCUAUGAGGGUGUACUUAGAUAGCAAUGGUAAUGAGGGAUCUUGGUUUUACAUUCUUCCUUUCUACAAACUCAGAACCACUGGUGAUAACAUCGUUCUUGGUGAUAAAGUAAAUUUAAAUCCACUUAGUCCUGGACAGCAACUCCAUGUAUCUAAUCACAAAUUGCCAGACAAUCCUGGCUGUAAAGAAGUGAAUAUUGUCAAUGGAAAUACGUCGUGGAAAGUUACUCUAUUCUUGGAAUACAGGGAAAAUAUGGAGGAUAUUUUAAAGGGGGGAGAUGUCGUUAGAUUGUUCCAUGCAGAACAGGAAAAAUUUUUGACUAUGGAUGAAUAUAGGAAACAACAUCAUGUUUUUUUAAGAACUACUGGACGUACUAGUGCUACAGCUGCUACUAGUAGUAAAGCGUUGUGGGAAGUUGAAGUAGUAAAACAUGAUCCUUGUCGAGGCGGCGCGGGUAACUGGGAUUCCUUAUUCCGAUUUAAACAUUUAGCGACUGGCCAGUACUUAGCAGUAGAUAUAGAUAAUGAUCACGUAGAUUCUGAAGAAGAAAAAGACAAACUAAAUGAAUCUACAAUAAGUGAAAAUCGUAGAUAUCACCUAGUCCCACUUGGUUGCCUCUAUGACAUCGCUACUCUUUUCGAAUUAGAUCCUACCAGUUUGACUAGAGCUGAUUCACUAGUGCCCCAAUCAAGCUAUGUAAGAUUACAUCACAUGAUUACAAAUAGUUGGGUUCAUUCGACUUCUGAAUCUAUUGAUAAAGAUGAAGAAAAACCUGUUAUGUCCAAGGUUGGGUGCGCUGUUACUAAAGAAGAUAAAGAAGCUUUUGCGCUCAUUGCGGUAUCGCCCGUUGAAGUGCGAGACUUGGAUUUUGCCAAUGAUGCUUGUAAAUUACUAUCCAUUUUGUCCGUUAAUUUGGAACAAGGUACCAUAUCUCAUAAUGAAAGGCGGUCGUUAACAACGCUUCUUCAUGACAUCGUUUAUUUUGUUGCCGAACUGGAGAAUGAACAGAACAAAGCGGAAGCCUUGGAGUUAAAGGUUACCAAUCCAAAUCGUGAUAGACAAAAACUGUUGAGAGAACAAGCUAUUCUGAAACAACUCUUUAAAAUAUUACAAGGUCCAUUUUUGGACAAUGGUGGUGAAGGACCAUUUUUGAAGAUAGAAGAGUUGAAUGAUCCUAGACAUGCUCCUUACAAACACAUAUUCAGACUAUGUUACAGAAUUUUAAGGCUUAGUCAACAAGAUUACAGAAAAAACCAGGAAUACAUUGCGAAACAUUUUGGAUUCAUGCAGAAACAAAUAGGAUACGACAUUUUGGCUGAGGAUACCAUAACAGCACUAUUACAUAACAAUAGAAAAUUGUUAGAAAAACAUAUAACAGCAGCGGAAAUUGAAACAUUUGUGGGUUUGGUUAAGAAGAAUAUGAACUACUGGGAAUCACGCUCGUUGGAUUACCUAUCGGAUUUGUGUAUUUGUAAUAAAAAAGCUAUACCUGUUACUCAAGAAUUAAUAUGCAAAAGUGUAUUAAGCGACAAAAACUCGGACAUCCUUAUUGAAACUAAGAUGGUCGACACCGAAGUCGAAGUACAAGAAAUAAAUGAAGAUGGAUUAUUGGACCGUGAAGAAUCUAUGAUAACUGAUGUUGAAGAAAUACAACUACAAUUUAGUGAACCCAAAAAACCAGUGUUUUUAACAGAUCUUUGCAGAAACGCGAAGUUGGGAAUAAAAGAAGAUAAGGCUAUUUUAGAUUACUAUAGACAUCAGCUUGACUUAUUUUCGAAUAUGUGUUUAAACAGACAGUAUUUGGCUCUUAACAACCUGUCGCCUCGUCUACCGAUAGAAUUGAUAUUGAAGUGUAUGUCCGAUGAAAAUGUCAGCUUCGAUUUGCGGGCAUCAUUUUGUCGACUCAUGUUGCAUUUACACGUUGAUAGAGAUCCUCAAGAGCCUGUCACACCUGUCAAGUAUGCCAGAUUAUGGUCAGAAAUCCCAUCACAAAUGUCAAUCACAGAUUAUGAUUCCAAUAAAACGCCAAAUCCAAACAAAGAAGCGGUUAGAGAAAAAUUCUCAUCAACCAUAGCCUUUGUGGGAGAAUACCUUUGCAACGUAGUUGCCAAAAUGUGGUCAUUCGCAGACCAAGAACAAAACAAGUUGACUUUUGAGGUGGUGAAAUUAGCUAGAGAACUAAUUUAUUUUGGAUUUUAUAGUUUUUCUGAUUUGCUAAAAUUAACCAAAACGUUGCUAAACAUUUUGGAUUGUGUUUCUGAGAGUGACUUUUUGGAGGGUCGGGUUCCAUCAGUUGACAUAGAUUCUGAAGGAGGCGUUUUAAGAACCAUUGGAGAUAUGGGGGCUGUUAUGACAUCCUUAACUUUAGGUUCUACAAGAGGAGGUUUAUCUCCAAAUUCCGUUCAACACGGUAGAUCCAUACAGUACAUGAAAGAAUACCCUUUAGUAAUGGAUACUAAACUGAAAAUAAUAGAAAUAUUACAGUUUAUUUUGGAUGUGAGAUUGGAUUAUAGAAUUAGCUGCCUUUUGAGCAUAUUUAAGCAAGAAUUUGAUGAAAAUGAAAAAUCCGGCGGUACCACUAAUGUAAAUUUAGAUCAAAAAAAUAUCGAUUUAGAAUUGAUAGGUCGUCAGGCUGAAGGGAUUUUUGGAAGCAGUGAAGAAUGCGCUGUUUUAGAUUUAGACGGACACGGAGGACGAACGUUUCUAAGAGUUUUAUUACAUUUAACAAUGCACGAUUAUCCUUCUUUAGUAUCAGGAGCCUUACAUUUGUUGUUUAGACAUUUUAGUCAAAGACAGGAAGUCUUGCAAGCAUUCCGACAAGUUCAGCUGCUUGUUUCCGAUAGUGAUGUAGAAUCUUACAAGCAAAUCAAAGCCGAUUUGGAUGUUUUAAGGCAGUCAGUUGAAAAAUCUGAGCUGUGGGUUUACAAAUCGAAAUCUUUAGAAGACCACCAACCGACUAAAAAAUCUAAAGACGAUGAAGAAGAAACUACAACCAGCUCUAAGGGUACAACGAUGGGCAUUUUAGAAAAAAAAGGUUCUGCAAUAAACUUAGAUGUAGGGCCACCGUUACACCCCUACCAAGCUGAUGAAUACAAAAAGAUACAACAGAUAUUAAUUAGAAUGAAUAAAUUGUGUACUCAGGGAUACGUAGGUGGUGUGGUUAAACCUCAAAAGCACGAACAGAGACUUUUAAGAAAUGUCGGAGUUCAUACUGUUGUACUAGAUCUCCUGCAAGUUCCUUACGAUGAAAAAGAAGACAUCAGAAUGAACGAGUUGAUGCGAUUAGCCCACGAAUUCCUGCAAAAUUUCUGUUUGGGAAAUCAGCAAAAUCAGGUGUUGCUUUACAAGCAAUUGGAUCUUUUCCUUAAUCCAGGAAUUCGAGAAGCUCAAACAGUUUGUGCAAUAUUCCAAGACAAUUCAAAGUUGUGCAAUGAAGAAAAUGAGAAGGUUAUACAACAUUUUGUUCACUGUAUAGCAACUCAUGGCAGACAUGUGCAAUAUUUAAAGUUCCUACAAACUAUAGUUAAAGCAGAAAAUAAGUUUAUUAGAAAAUGUCAGGAUAUGGUUAUGCAAGCGUUAAUAAACGCUGGUGAAGAUGUAUUGGUAUUUUAUAAUGAUAAAGCGUCGUUUAACCAUUUUAUUGAAAUGAUGCGUUCGGAACGCCACGCCAUGGAUGAGAGUAGUCCAUUGAAAUAUCAUGUAGAGUUAGUAAAAUUAUUGGCCUGUUGUACUAUGGGUAAAAAUGUGUUUACCGAGAUAAAAUGCCAUAGUUUACUGCCACUAGAUGAUAUCGUGGCAAUGGUGAUUCAUCCUGACUGUAUUCCUGAAGUUAAAGAAGCCUAUGUUGGAUUUUUAAAUCAUUGUUAUAUUGAUACAGAGGUUGAAAUGAAAGAAAUUUAUAAUUCCAGCCAUAUGUGGACACUUUUCGAAAAAUCUUUCCUCGCUGAUAUGGCGGAUAUAGCGACAGCACCAAAUGAUAGAAAGCAUUCUGAUAGAGCUUUAGAAAAUUAUGUUACUAAUUGCGUGAUGAAUAUUAUCUCAACUUUUUUUAAUAGUCCUUUUUCUGAUCAAAGCACGACGGUCCAGAAACAUCUGCAUGAAGCCAGGGUAUAUUGGAGCGACUCUACUAUGGAUGAAUAUGAUCCAUUCUCGGGUAAUGUUCAACUCAAACAAUCUCCAUUUUCAACUGACACAAGGCAACCCAUUUUUGUACAGCUAUUGCAAUCAGCAUUCAGAGUAUCGCAGUGUCCUUGGCUAGCAGCAUCACAACGCUUUAAUGUUGAAAAUUGUAUACGUACCCUAUCUGAAGUCGCUAAAAAUAGAAGUAUCGCGAUACCAUUGGAUUUAGAAAGCCAAGUUUCAGCCAUGUUUAAUAGAGCCACUAUUUUAACCAGACAAACUAGCAAAUGGUUACAGGCUUCAAAAAUACCAAAAAUGGAGAGAUCUCAAUCACAGCUCAUACGUUUGGAUAGAAGUAUCAUUGAAGGUUUACAAGGCAUAGUAUCUGUUCUACAAGACCAAUUAAAACCAUUGGUCCUAUCCGAGUUGUCUUUAUUAGUGGAUGUUUUGUACAGACCUGAACUUCUGUUCCCGCGUGGUACUGAACCAAGGAAAAAAUGCGAAAGUGGUGGUUUUAUCAGAAGAUUAAUUAAACAUACAGAAAAACUGAUGGAGGAAAAGGAAGAAAAGCUGUGCGUCAAAGUCCUAAGAACCCUCAGAGAAAUGGUGGCGAUCGACGGCGAAUACGGAGAGAAGGGCGACGUUUUACGCAAUAGCUUAUUAGCCCGAUAUUUCGGACGCGCGUUUAUACAAACCAGUAACUCCGUAGAACUAGGAAACGGUCUUACCUUACCAGCUACUCACGGCCCAGGAGCUAAGAUAUUAAGUCGUGCUGGCAGGACCUUGCACGAAGUUCAGACUCAUCUCGAUAGGGAAGGUGCAUCAAAUUUGGUUGUUGAAUUGGUGAUAAAAAGUGGUAAUUCGCCUUCGAUAUUUAGCGAGGCUGUUGAACUGGGUAUAGCUCUGCUUGAAGGUGGUAAUCCUAUUAUACAGAAAAGUAUGUUCAACAAACUUGUCGGAGGAGAUAUGAGCCAGUCGUUCUUUAGGGUGUUCCACGAUAAAAUGAAAGACUCGCAGCAAGAAAUAAAAUCUACUGUUAGUGUAAACACGUCAGAAUUAGCAGCCAAAGCUCAGGGGGACAAAGAAGACGGUAAAGACGGCGAUAGAUCUAAAAAAUCUGAUAGCAAAACGAACGGCAUACUGAUUACCCCUGAGCUAAGAGAAGAGCUUAAAUGCGCUGCUGGUGACAGCGAUGCGCAAGUUUUGGCUAAUAUAAGGCUAGUUGCAGAAGACGGUACAUCGACAGCUUCUUCUUUGGAAGAUUUGCUUGCGGAAAAGUCGGAGAAACACAGAGACCGCGAGGAUCAGAAUGGGCUGUCCAAUAAAGUUUUGAUUAUGCAACCGAUAUUAAGAUUUCUGCAACUUCUUUGCGAAAAUCACAACGCUUCUUUGCAAAAUUUACUGCGAAAUCAAAACAACAAGAGCAAUUUUAAUUUAGUAAGUGAAACUUUGCUGUUCUUGGACUGCAUUUGUGGAUCAACUACUGGUGGUUUAGGCCUUUUGGGACUUUAUAUUAACGAAAACAAUGUAUCACUGAUUAACCAGACGUUAGAGACUUUAACUGAAUAUUGCCAAGGUCCAUGUCACGAUAAUCAAAACUGCAUUGCAACACACGAAUCUAACGGCUUAGACAUUAUUAUAGCUUUAAUAUUAAAUGAUAUAAAUCCAUUGGGGAAAACGCGAAUGGAUUUGGUUUUGGAGCUUAAGAACAACGCUUCCAAAUUACUCUUAGCCAUAAUGGAGAGCAGAGGAGACAGCGAAAACGCCGAAAGAAUUCUUUCAAAUAUGAUUCCCAAACAAUUGGUCGAUGUAGCUUGCAAUGCUUUCCAUCAGGAGGAAGAACGGGAAAAUAUGGACAAUGCUGACGAUGAUAUGGUGUCUCCUAGAGAAGUAGGACACAAUAUAUGGAUUUUAUGCCACCAAUUAGCUCAACACAAUAAAGAUUUAGCUUCGUUGCUCAAACCUUCCGAAACAGGUGAUCCUAAAACCCAGAAGGCAGUGACCUACUAUGCUCCUCAUACUGCACAAAUUGAAAUCGUUAGACAAGAUAGGACUUUGGAGCAAAUCGUCUUUCCUAUACCGGAAAUCUGUGAAUAUUUGACUGAAGACACGAAGAUAAGAGUACUGAACACCGCUGAGAGAGACGAUCAGGGCUCAAAAGUGGCUGAUUUCUUUGACAGAACUGAACAUAUGUUUAACGAAAUGAAGUGGCAAAAGAAACUUAGGGCACAACCUGCAUUGUUUUGGGUUAGUAACUACAUGUCCUUAUGGAGUAACAUUCUGUUUAACUGUGCUGUACUUAUUAACUUAAUCGUGGCAUGUUUUUAUCCAUUUGAUAAUAUUGUCCCAACUAUUGGUCCCACAAUAUCUGUACUUAUUUGGUUUGCGAUGCUAUCUUCAUCAGCUAUAGUGAUUACUUUACCUAGAGAAACUGGGGUAAGAACCUUAGUAGCCUCAACAAUUCUCAGACUGAUUUACUCAAUGGGACCUGAACCAACUCUGUGGUUGCUAGGGACUGUAACAAUACUUCUGAAAUGUAUACACAUAGUCAGUAUUAUGGGUAAUCACGGUACGCUCACUAAAACCUAUGCUCAAAUUUUAACAGACGCUGAAUUACUGUAUCAUAUGUGUUACUUAAUUUUCUGUACUUUGGGGAUUAUCAUGCAUCCUUUCUUCUAUUCUGUCCUACUAUUUGAUGUUGUCUACAGAGAAGAAACCCUUUUAAAUGUGAUCCGGUCUGUUACUAGAAAUGGUCGUUCUAUUGUGUUAACAGCCGUUUUAGCGUUAAUUUUAGUAUACAUGUUUUCAAUUAUUGGUUAUAUGUUCUUCAAAAACGAUUUUAUCGUAAGCGUUAAUAAAAAAGAUGAAUCUUGUGAGACAUUAUCCGAGAUGACUGGGAAAACUUACAAGGAAGAUGACACUGGACAAUACUGUGAACUUGUGGACCCUGGAGAAGAGAGACAAGAAAGGGCAUGUGAUUCAUUAAGGAUGUGUAUAAUUACCACUCUGAAUCAAGGUUUAAGGAAUGGUGGUGGUAUAGGUGAUAUAUUAAGAGCUCCUAGUAGUGAAGAAACUUUGUUCGUUGCUAGAGUAGUUUAUGACUUGCUGUUCUUCUUCGUAGUAAUUAUUAUUGUACUUAACCUAAUUUUUGGUGUUAUCAUUGACACAUUCGCUGAUUUGAGAUCUGAAAAACAACAGAAAGAACUGAUUUUGAAAAAUACUUGUUUCAUUUGUGGUUUGCACCGAUCCGCUUUUGACAACAAAAUCGUUAGUUUCGAGGAUCACAUAAAAUGCGAACACAACAUGUGGCACUAUCUGUACUUCAUAGUAUUAAUCAAAGUGAAGGAUCCCACGGAAUUUACGGGUCCAGAGAGUUACGUUCAUGCCAUGGUAAAAACCGCAAAUCUAGAAUGGUUUCCGCGCUUGCGGGCCAUCAGUUUGGCCGCCGUAGAAGGAGAAGGGGAACAAAUCGAGUUCAAGAGUCUCCAAGGUCAAUUGCAGAAGACGGAAGUGUUGGUUACCACCUUGUCGCAACAGCUCAUGGAGUUGAAGGACCAAAUGGCCGAACAGCGCAAACAGAAACAGAGAUUGGGACUUCUGAACAGGGAUGCACCCAAACGGCUGUUGGCGGAAUAGGUUAAUCCAUUUGCAAAAAAGGGUUUGGUACAUCCCUACUUUUGACUUUUGCAGAAUACGAAUCUGAAGUAGAUGCUAGUCUUUUAAUAGUAUCGGAGCACUUAAGACUGUUAAUUGUUUAUUAAUAGUUUUGGUUUACAACGAAUAUCUCAUCAUUCCAAGUAUAAAUUUUUGUAUACCAAUAGUGUUCCUAUACUUUUAAAAAAAUUGAAGAUCUUUCAAUGCUCAAAAUAUCUUAGAAUAAAUAAUAUACUUUUUGUAGAGACCAAAAUAAUUGAAUUUUUGAGCCGUUUUUGUUAUUUUUGUUAUUAAUUUAUAGGAUCUGUUUAUGUACGUAGAAAUAGCAAUUACCUCAUUAAUACUGAGACAUGGAGCAACUCUGCCUCAAAAUAUUUUUUUGACCAAACUUGCUUAAUUUUUACAAGGGAAGGUGUUAAAGUUGAAAAUUAUUAACAAUAACUUUUAUUACUUAAUAUUAUUUUAAUAACAUUUUUCUUAAGUAUUUUUGGUUCAAUCAUAUAUAUUUUUGAUCUAAGUAUAUUCAGUUAUUUGCUCCAUUUCCUAUUUUAAUGAGAUAUAUACAAAGUGAUCCAUCCUGCUUUUAUCAUCCAGCGUUUUACUCUCAUGUUUGUUUGCAAGAUAAAAUGAGGUGGACCUGUUUUCGAUUAUACAGGAACCUGACGUCAACUUACCUGUUAAUUGAGACAUCCUGUAUAUCUUAAUAUUUUUGUGACAAUUGUUUCCCAUUUCCUAUUAAUUGAAGAUGAUUUAUCUAGUACAUAGUUUUAAAUGUCUGAGUGAUAAAUGUUUUUUUUCUUUUUACUAUAUUUAUAUGAGUGUCCUUAUAUUUACAAUGUUUUCCUUGUUGGAGAGAAAUAUUUAUACAUAUAUGUAUACUAUCUUUCAUACCGGAUGUCUAAAAAGUUAAAGUUUUAUACUCUUACAAGUUAUGAAGUGCCAUUUUUGAGAGAUAAGUAAUAAAAAGAGAUGUGUUUAUUUUUGCAUUAUAAAAAUUUCGCUUGGCAAGCUGAAUGAUUCUUUAAAUUUUUAAGACAUCCUGUAGUAAAACUAUACGCAAUUGCAAACGAAUCCACACUAUAUUCUUUGUUAUAUUAAAAAUCUCAUCUGAUAGAUCUGUUGAUAUGUAAUGUUUUCUACGUCUGUAGUUAAAAUAAAUUUAUUGAAAAUAAAUCAAUUAAAACAU